AAUCUCCUGACUUAUCUCCAUUACAAUUGCAUUACAACUGCCACGUCUAUCUAUUAUUGUCUUGUCUCUCACUUCAUAACAUCCCAUAUCUACUCGUAGUCUUCUCUCAUAUUCAUAUCCAUAUCCAUAUCCAUCAAUUCUCACAAUCCCCAACCACAACAAAAAUGUCUCCCCCUUCAGCAACUAAUACAAACGCCGAGACUGUCAACACAGGAGCCGCCGUUCCCAUAACCCCUCAUUCUGAAGCCUCAACCACAACACACGAACCUGGCCUCUCAAAAGAACAGGCAAAAGCUCGUCCUGGUAAUCUAAGAUUCCCAUUUCGAACACCAUUUGAAGAUAAAUAUGCAGAGAGGGAAUAUCAGAAGGGAAGAUUAGCGUUGGCGUUUAGGAUUUUUGCGAAAUUGGGGUAUGAUGAGGGAGUUGCGGGACAUAUUACUUUGAGGGUGAGUGCUGCUUUUUGGAGGGUGGUGUUUUUGGGAAUGAGUUGACGGUUUGGCUGUGAGAUGUGGAUGGGGAUAAAGAUAGGGUUAAAAUAUUGAGGAGAGAAUACUAAUGAGAAUAGGAUCCUGUUGAUCCAACUAGUUUCUGGGUUAAUCCAUUUGGAGUAGCAUGGCCACUUCUUCGAGCAUCCGAUUUAAUCCUCGUUAAUAAAGACGGUGAAGUAAUAGAAGGUGGUCCAUGUCGAUUACUCAACACGGCUGGUACAUAUUCUUCUCUCAUCACCCACCAUCAUAUUUCCCCGCCCCAAGAUUCAUACUAACACCCCCAGCCUACAUGAUUCACCACGCAGUCCACACAGCUCGCCCAGAAAUAAACGCAGUAGCCCAUUCUCACUCCCUCUACGGACGAGCCUUCUGUACCCUCGGCCGUCCCCUCGACACCAUAACGCAAGAUGCCUGUGCCUUCCACAACGACCUGGCACUGUACUCAUCAUUCCGGGGCAUCGUUCUCGCCUCAGAAGAAGGACACGCCAUAGCUUCUGCCCUUGGCUCCAAAAAAGCCGCACUCCUUCAAAAUCACGGCUUACUUACCUGUGGAGAAUCAAUCGAGAGUGCCGUAUUUUGGUUUACGAGUUUGGAGAAAUGUUGUCAUGCGCAAUUAUUGGCUGAUGCGGCUGCGGGGGGAAGAGGGGGGGAAACUAUUAAGAUUGAGGAGGAGGAUGCGGCGUAUACUUCUAAGGCGAUUGGGACGGAGAAAGUGGGGUAUUUUAGUGCGAAACCUGCUUUUGAUAUGAUGGAACAUGAGAGUGGGACGGAUUAUAAGUGGUGAUUUGGAUGAAGGUGGCGAUGGGAGUUGUGUAGUCCUACUUCUUUGCUUUUUUGUUUAUUUUUGAAGGGAGGGAAAUGAUACUUUGCAAUUUUUGUUUAUUUAUUCGUUUAUUUAUAUCAUCUUUAUUAUUCCCCCGUCUCUCUUAAAUCUUGAAUUCUCGAAGCU